CUACCAAUGGACAGUUAAGAGUCCUGUUUGCCACGCGUUGCUUGGCAACCACUAGUCGAUACCAUUCCAUACUUGCAGCGGUUUUAACGCGUAAUUUCUGAUCGUGGCCCUCAUUAACUGUAUUAAUCUUGUUGAAUAUCGAAGGUUUCAGACGCAAAUAUGGGUCUAAUGGACAAAGUAUCGAGCUGGUUGGGCAGCCGGCCUCGCGUGUCGGCGCCUGUGCUGGUGCUGGGGCUGGACCGCGCCGGCAAGACCUCGCUGCUGAAGGCGCUGCGCCCCCCGGACCCCGCGGGUGCUGCGCCCGCGCCCGCGCCGGCGGCCGGGCUUACGCCGCAGAUUGAACACUUUCAGAGCGGAGGAGUGUCGUUCAGUGCAUGGGACGUGUCGGGCGCUGCGCGCGCGCGUGCGCUGUGGGAGCGCCACUACAGGCGCGCGCAGGCGCUUAUCUUCGUUGUUGACGCCGCUGAUCAUCUGAGACUUGUGGUCGCCCGAGAAGAGCUAGAGCUCGUGCUCGCGCACCCAGACAUGAGCGCGCGGCGCGUGCCGCUGCUCGUGCUCGCCAACAAGUCUGACGCGGCGGGCGCGCUGCCGCCGGACCGGCUGGCCGUCGCGCUGUGUCUGGAGCGCGUGCAGGACCGGCCCUGGCACGUGUGCGCCACCAGCGCGCGCGACGCCACCACGCUGCACGACGGGAUUGCGUGGCUAGCCAGACAGGUACGUGAGCUUCACACGCCUGCGCGGGAUCACUGAGCGACAGUGAUCGACUCUGGAGUUCGGCACAUUACUCGUUCUUUGCAGUGGAACCACAAAAUAAUACGUCAUUGAAGAGGCUUAAGAGCCCUUCAACGUGCACACUAACACCACAACUAAAUAAUCGUGAUUAUUUAAAUUUAACUAAAGAUAUUGAAAAAAGGGGGCCGCUACGGACUGUAUUGUGUAUUUAAGUACCUCUUGAAUACAUCAAACUAGUUUUUAUGUUGCUGGAUUCGUCAAUCUAUGCGUCCAAAGUUAAAACGGCCGUUUUUGUUUUGAGUUCCUAGAUCGACGAAACCAGCAACAUAAAAACUAGUUUGAUGUAUUCAAAAGGUACUUAAAUACACAAUACAGUCCGUAGCGGCCCCCUUUUUUCAAUAUCUUUCGUUAAAUUUAAAUAAUCACGAUUAUUUAGCUGUGGCGCUAGUGUGCACGUUGAAGGGCUCUUAAAAAGUGACAUUCAGACUGCUGCACUGUUGGAGCAAUGCAAGGUUACAUAAGGAUUACUUAUAUUCAUGUUGGCGAUUAGGUUUGUGGUUCUAUGAAUCUGUGAUACCUUUUGCACUUACAUUUUCCUUUCACUUAUAUCAAUGAUAAUUCUAGUUAGUAAGAUUUUUUGUGUGUAUAGGUACCUAUAUGUACAUUUGCUGUCUUAAAUAUGGAAUAUAUUGCAGUUAUAUUAAAAUGUACAAGAAAUAGUA